AUAAUCAGACAAUUGGAUAACUGCAAUCCGAACAUUUUGCAACAGAACAUAUUAUUGCUGGAUAGAAAGAUAAAGGUAGAGCAUGCAGUAGAGGUCUUAUUGCAACAGUUGAUUUCUAUCCAAAGCAGCAUUACAAGUUUGAUUUCCUAUGUCAUAAUAUAUUGUUUAUUCUUGCAGGGAAAGCGUGUAUAAAGAAAGUAUUGCUGAGUAAUUGUCUGCAGGAGCUAAUGGAACUACAUCAGGAGAGCGAGGAAGAGGUAACUGACACUGAACAGGCAGAAAAUUGGUUUUCCUUAACUUCAGCCCAGCGCAUAUGUGAUAUGUUUCUUGCUCUGGAUAAGGAUCAAAAUGGUACACUGAGCAAACAAGAGCUCAAGGAAUAUGCAGAUGGCACAUUGACUGAGAUUUUCAUUGAAAGAGUUUUUGAUGAGCAUGUCCACCGGAGCAAAGUUGGAGGUGGAAACAGUCGCGAGAUGGACUUUGAAAGCUUUCUUGAUUUUGUUUUGGCUCUAGAUAACAAAGAUACCGCUGAAGGCUUGACAUAUUUAUUUAGAUGCCUUGAUCUUAAUGGAAGGGGGUUCCUUACAACUGCAGAUAUCCACACUCUGUUUAGGUAUGUAUGGACUACUUUACACUGUGCAGUGUUAUUUCAUUCUUAUGACAGCUGUGCUCUGAUUAUAGACAUACUUGUUCAGUUUGGACCCUUGUGGCUGCCAUUCUGA